UGACAUUACAUUUGCUACUGUGUGUGAAGAAGUCAGGAGGAAAAAAAAAGCGAAAAUGGCUACAAGAACAUUAUAUAUAAUUCUGCUUAAAUGUGUGGUUUUAUUCUCUUGUAUUUACUGUGUAAAUGGAUAUAUGAACCUGUUCAUUAGCCCAGCUGAAGUAAAACGAUUAGUAGGUGUUUCAGCAGAGCUCUAUUAUAUCCGAGAAGGGAAGAUUAACCGAGCAGCUACCAAUUACCCUUUAGCAGUACCAACAGGGAUUAAUAAACUCUAUUAUACAUGGUACAGUGAGAGACAAGUUUAUUAUUCCAUGUCUGUGAAGUCCAAGAGUCCAAGGAUAUUGUAUCAUCCAAGUUUGAAUAUCACAAAGGAUGGGAAAGUUCCAGUCAAAGAAACAGUGUUUGAGAUGCAGCUUGAAUGUACAGGCCAUGAAGGAGGUGAAGCCAUCAUUGAGCUUCAAGUCAACCUUACACUAUACUCAGCCAGCAAUAUCACCACACUUAAUACCAUUAGAACCAAAUUGUGCCAAGGAAUGCCAGGAGUUCCUAUUCAAUCCAGAGAUCCAGUACAGAGAGAAGACCCCAGGCCUAGGAAUAAUAACUCACAUUUAGUCACUGAGUCUAAGGUGAAAGCGGUGACAUCUACCAGUGUGUUCUACAUAGCAGUGGGGGUGGUCUGUGGAAUCAUCCUUCUCUUUGUUUUAGUAGUAGCACUUAUCCAUGUCAGAACAAUGAGAUCAUCUGAUCCCGCAAGUAGUGAUGCCAGUAGUACUGGGUUGAUUAAUGGAGGCAGACAACCAGAGCAUCCAAACUUUCCCAAGAUUCCUGAGCCAAAGGUCGACAGACUUUCUAAUGGAAAUGGUUACAACUCACUUCACUACCAGAUCUGUCCUUCAUUAGCAGAAGCUGAAGACUUGAGAUUAAAACUAGCUCCGUAUGCCAUUGAGAGAAGCAGAAUCACUCUUGGUGAAGUGCUGUUAGAAGGCACGUUUGGGCGUGUUCACCAAGGAGUGUUAAUCAGUGCAACAGGAGAUUCAGAACAAGAUGUUUUCAUCAAGACUGUAACAGAUCAUUCAUCAGAAGAACAGCGCCAUCUGUUGGUGAAAGAGAGUUGUCUCCUUCAAGGUCUGAGUCAUAAGAACAUCUUGCCAUUGCUUCAUGUGUGUUUCUCUGACCCUCCCUUCAUCUUGGAGGCAUUUAUGAAGCUAGGAAAUCUAAAACAGUUCCUCAAGAAUGGACGCAUUGGCCCAGGAGACAAGCAUCAGGCAAUAUCAACUCGUGAUCUAGUCCACCUUGCCAUUCAGAUCACACAUGGAAUGAUGUAUCUGGGUAAAAAGAGACUUGUUCAUAAAGAUCUGGCUACAAGGAAUUGUGUGAUUGAUGAGGACUACAACUUGAAGAUCACAGACAAUGCUUUGUCAAGAGAUCUUUUCCCUAGUGACUACCAUUGUCUGGGGGAUAAUGAGAACAGACCUGUUAAAUGGAUGGCUGUGGAAUCCCUGGUUCAUAAGAAAUUCUCACAUGCUAGUGAUGUGUGGUCAUUUGGAGUGACCCUUUGGGAGCUGGUCACCUUAGGUCAAACACCAUACAUGGACCUGGACCCGUUUGAGAUGGCUACCUUCCUGAAGAGUGGUUAUCGAAUGCCUCAGCCCCCAAGCUGUCCAGAUGAACUGUUCAAUCUGAUGGCAUGCUGCUGGGCUCUCUUGCCACAGGAUAGACCCAAGUUUAGUCAGCUGUGUGCUGCCCUCACAGACUUCCACCGUACACUCGGCAUCUACAUCUAAGCUUCCUCAAGCUAGCUUCUCAAUGCCUCUCAGCUCAAAGCUCUAAUCUUACUCACCAGAAAGUGGAGACCAUGAUGGAUGCCUACACUCGGCAUCUACAUCUAAGCUUCCUCAAGCUUCAUUCUCAAUGCCUCUCAGCUCAAAGCUCUAAUCUUACUCAACAGAUAGUGGAGACCAUGAUGGAUGCCUACACUCGGCAUCUACAUCUAAGCUUCCUCAAGCUAGCUUCUCAAUGCCUCUCAGCUCAAAGCUCUAAUCUUACUCAACAGAUAGUGGAGACCAUGAUGGAUGCCUACACUCGGCAUCUACAUCUAAGCUUCCUCAAGCUUCAUUCUCAAUGCGGCCUCUCAGCUCAAAGCUCUAAUCUUACUCAACAGAAAGUGGAGACCAUGAUGGAUGCCUACACUCGGCAUCUACAUCUAAGCUUCCUCAAGCUUCAUUCUCAAUGCCUCUCAGCUCAAAGCUCUAAUCUUACUCAACAGAAAGUGGAGACCAUGAUGGAUGCCUACACUCUGCAUCUACAUCUAAGCUUCCUCAAGCUUCAUUCUCAAUGCCUCUCAGCUCAAAGCUCUAAUCUUACUCAACAGAAAGUGGAGACCAUGAUGGAUGCCUACACUCUGCAUCUACAUCUAAGCUUCCUCAAGCUAGCUUCUCAAUGCCUCUCAGCUCAAAGCUCUAAUCUUACUCAACAGAAAGUGGAGACCAUGAUGGAUGCCUACACUCGGCAUCUACAUCUAAGCUUCCUCAAGCUUCAUUCUCAAUGCCUCUCAGCUCAAAGCUCUAAUCUUACUCAACAGAUAGUGGGGACCAUGAUGGAUGCCUACACUCUGCAUCUACAUCUAAGCUUCCUCAAGCUUCAUUCUCAAUGCCUCUCAGCUCAAAGCUCUAAUCUUACUCAACAGAGAGUGAAGACCAUGAUGGAUGCCUACACUCGGCAUCUACAUCUAAGCUUCCUCAAGCUUCAUUCUCAAUGCCUCUCAGCUCAAAGCUCUAAUCUUACUCAACAGAGAGUGAAGACCAUGAUGGAUGCCUAACUUCUGUUUAUGCGGACCUUAAUGUGAUGCAAAAGGAAGAGCAACAGUGAGGGGGUAAUGUUGCAAAAUGUCUGUUGUUUGAUGUGCAGUAGACUAGGUAUGGAGCUGCUCUGAGUGUACCUCUACUGAUAUUAAUGUAUUUUAUAAAUAUCUAAGAAAAAUAGUCAUCCAUGUAUAGCUAUUAUGUAGACCAAAUUGUGAUGGUUGUCCUUUUAUUCCACAUUUUAUUACAACUCUUGUUUUUCAUUUUUCUAACUACAACAAUAAUGCAAACAAUGUAGAGUAAUACAGUAAAGAUGGUGUUGAAAAUGUAUCACAAAUUGCUAACUGCAAUAUAGUAGCUUUUAAUCAUUUGUGUGGGUAGUAUAGAAAAGGCAUUUGUUUAUAUUAGUUUGCUGAUAAUGUUUUUUAUAAUGUUCAUAUUUCCUGUAGGCUGUUGUUUACCCUACAUUCUUAGUGAGCUUCAAAAUAUUUAAGAUGAAAGUGAAAAGUCUCUAUAACCUUAUCUUAUCUAAUAUUGAAGCGCAUUUUGUGUGAGAGAAGAAUUGAUCUCUUCCUUUUCCCCUAAGAGGAAAUUAUGACAUGAAAUUGAAUUUGAAUAAAUUAUGUAACAAAUGAAAGAAAUAUGUAAUUGAAAAGUACUAAAAAAACUUCAAAGAAAAAAUAAGUUAAUUGAUAUGUGUAAAGCCAAAUAGAAUCAACUAGAAUAUACUCUCAUGUCUACUUGCAAAUUCUCAGUACUGUUUUUAAUAUCAAACUAUUACUUGCCCUACAGAAUCCUAUGUUUUCAAAGUCCUUUUUUUUACUUCAUGAUUAUGUUUAUACAGAUGUAAAAUUGUAAGGAUAAACCUUCUUAAAAUCAUGCCCAGGUGAUAUAUUUAUCUGUAUUAAUGUUUGUGCUUUUAACCUAAAUUCUCCUACUAUGCAUUUUAUUUGUUUAUAAUCUAAAUGAUCCACAACCUUUGUUUUGAAAACAACCACUUGCUAGGACUUAGUUUUGAUAGGAAGGCAAUGAUUUGUCUUUCCAUACUUUGUGCAGUUAAUCUGUAUGUAAAUAUUUUAAUAUUUCUUUUGGUGCUUUAAGUUAACUGUGUUUCUAUUGGUUGCUCUUAAGAUACAAUGUUUUGUUUAUACCUGCUUGUAUGUAUUCACUGAUGUAGCAUAGAAAGCAUAAUGUAUUCUGUGGAUUACGUCCUGUACAAUAGUACAUGAUAGGUCAACUACAUAUCGUCGGUGAGUUGACAAAACCUCGUAUCUCAAAAAUCAUGAAUUUUCAGGAGAGCAAAAAAACUUUCCUGUCUCAAGAAAUUUAGU